UCGCCUUCUCCUAAUGAGACACAUCCUCGUCAAUUCGCCGCUCCGAAACGGCAACGAUGUUGAACCCCACGCGCUUCCAUCAACUCCUUCCUUCCCGCCUCUUCUCCGCCGCCGCCGCUCCGCUCCAGCAUUACUUCACAGACAAUAAGCCCCCGAUCAAACCGUGGCCGAAGCGUCUAUUCCCGAAGCGUCUAGUCUCCAUGAUCACCCAACAGCAGAACAUCGACCUCGCUCUCCAGAUCUUCCUCUACGCCGGCAGAUCACACCCCGGAUUCACCCACAACUACGACACCUACCACUCCAUCCUCUUCAAGCUCUCCCGCGCCCGCGCUUUCGAUCCAAUAGAUUCUCUAAUGUCAGAGCUUCGCAACUCGCACCCUCCGAUCAGAUGCGGCGAGAAUCUCUUCAUCGACUUGCUCCGGAACUACGGCCUCGCGGGCCGGUUCGAAUCCUCUCUAAGAAUCUUCCUCCGGAUCCCUGAUUACAACGUGAGACGCUCGGUUCGAUCCUUAAACACGCUCUUGAACGUUUUGAUACAGAACAGGAGAUUCGAUUUGGUACACGCCAUGUUUAAGAACAGCAAGGAGUCUUUUGGAAUCACUCCGAACAUCUUUACUUGUAACCUCCUCGUGAAAGCUCUUUGCAAGAAGAACGAUGUGGAGAGCGCCUACAAGGUGCUCGACGAAAUUCCCGAGAUGGGUCUAGUGCCGAAUCUUGUGACUUACACGACGAUUUUAGGCGGGUAUGUAUCGAGAGGGGAUAUGGAAGCGGGGGAGAAGGUUUUGGGAGAGAUGUUGGAUCGUGGGUGGGAGCCGGAUGCGACUACUUAUACUGUUUUAAUGGAUGGUUAUUGUAAGUUGGGGAGAUUCGAUGAGGCGGCUAAGGUGAUGGAUGAUAUGGAAAGGAACGGGAUUGAGGCUAAUGAAGUGACUUAUGGUGUUAUGAUCAGGGCUUUGUGUAAGGAGGGGAAAGCCAGAGAGGCGCGGAACAUGUUCGAUGAAAUGCUUGAGAGGAGUUUCAUGCCGGAUUCUUCUCUUUGUUGUAGAGUUAUCGACGCGCUGUGCGAGGACCGGAAGGUGGAUGAGGCUUGUAGUCUGUGGAGGAAGAUGUUGAAGAAGAACUGUAUGCCUGAUAACGCGCUUCUCAGCACUUUGAUUCAUUGGCUUUGCAGAGACGGGAGAGUUACUGAAGCGAGGAAGUUGUUCGACGAGUUCGAGAAAGGCUCGAUCCCGAGUCUCUUGACGUACAACACGUUGAUCUCGGGGAUGUGCGAGAAGGGAGAGUUGACGGAGGCGGGUCGGUUAUGGGACGACAUGGUCGAGAGGAAGUGUAAGCCGAAUGCUUUCACGUAUAACGUUUUGAUCGAAGGGUUGUCCAAGAAGGGGAAUGUUAAGGAAGGUGUCAGGGUUCUUGAAGAGAUGCUGGAGAACGGUUGUUUUCCUAAUAAAACGACGUUCUUGAUAUUGUUCGAGGGGUUGCAGGAGUCAGGGAAAGAAGAGGACGCGAUUAAGAUUGUGUCCAUGGCUGUUAUGAGCGGGAAAGUUGAUAGAGAAUGUUGGGAGCUUUUCUUGAGGAAAUUUGCUGGUAAACUAGACAAAGGAGUGGUGGUUCUUGAGGAGCUGCUGUUGCAUGAAGUUUCUGUCUCUUGAAGAAGCAAGGGUCUGAUCAAUACUCAUUGAUCUCCUGAAGAUGAAGGUCAAAAGGGAAGAAAACGCAGCGACUCAAGCCGCUCAUGAAUCUGGUUCAAGCUAUCUUACAUUAACCAUCCAUGAGAAGAAUUACUGCAACCAUUCCAAUAAUCAUUGUUACAUUAAUCAAAAUUGUUACAUUACACAUACACCUAAAAGAAAAGUCUGAUCUGAGAAAUUGAAAAACCAAUAUUAAAAUCUGUUGUAGAAUUGUUUUAGUUGUUAAUUAGAGUCAUAUGCAAUGUUUAGUUUAUAUUUUUAAUCGACUAGUUAAUGAUAAUGUAAUA